GGCGGGUAGUUCGGGUGGCGGGAGUGGAUGGUCGGUGCUGUGUUCGUUCCUGUCCCCGCCGCUGCUUGCGUAACGGGUCAUGCUCUGCCGCUCGCUCCUCCAGCGGGCCCAGGCCGGGCCGCAGCGUCUGUCCUUGCAAUAUCCCCUACAACACCUCUUGGAUUGCUAUCAGUGUAGUCAGCAAGAUGACCACCUUUCUUAUGGAGAGAUGGGAAUGCCAGUUCCACCUUUUGGUUGCACCUUUUCUACGGCUUCAGAUCUGCAGCAUGUACUUGCAGUUGCAAAUGAAGAAGGCUUUGUUAGACUUUAUGAUACUGAAACCCAAAACAGUGGCAAGCAGAUCUUUAGAGAGUGGCUGGCUCACUCAAAUGCGGUCUUCGACCUUGCCUGGGUGCCUGGGGAACACAGGAUUGUUACAGCUUCAGGAGACCAGACAGCCAAAGUGUGGGAUGUGAGGGCUGGUGAGCUGCUUGGCAUAUGUAAAGGUCAUCAGUGCAGCCUCAAGUCAGUUGCUUUCUCUAAAUUUGAGAAAGCUGUCUUCUGUACUGGAGGCAGAGAUGGAAACGUCAUGCUCUGGGACACCAGGUGCAACAAAAAAGAUGGAUUUUACAGGCAGGUGAAUCAAAUUGGAGGAGCCCACAACAUAGUAGACAAGCAGAUACUCUCCAAACCCAAGAAGAAAAAGCAGAAUCUCAGAGGACUUGCCCCUUCAGUGGAUUUCCAGCAGAGUGUGACAGUGGUGCUGCUUCAAGAUGAACACACCCUUAUCUCUGCAGGAGCUGUCGAUGGUGUAAUCAAAGUAUGGGACCUGCGCAAGAACUACACCAUGUAUCGGCAGGAUCCGGUGCCGUUCAAGUCAUUCUGCUACCCUGGGAUCAGCACUCGCAAACUGGGAUAUUCUAGUCUGGUUUUGGACUCCACUGGUACCAGUCUGUUUGCUAACUGCACAGAUGACAAUAUUUACAUGUUCAGUAUGACAAGUUUAAAGACCACUCCAGUGGCAGUCUUCAGUGGACACCAGAAUUCCACCUUUUAUGUCAAGUCCAGCACUAGCCCAGAUGACCAGUUCCUGGUUAGUGGCUCAAGCGACCAGAGUGCCUACAUCUGGAAGAUUUCUGAGCCCCAUCUUCCUCCCAUGAUGCUCCUUGGCCAUUCUCAAGAGGUUACCUCCAUUGCCUGGUGUCCUUCAGACUUCACGAAGAUCGCCACAUGUUCUGAUGACAACACUGUGAAGAUUUGGCGCUUACGGCGUGACUAUGAUAAGGAGAGACUGACAUCAGGCAAAGUCAACUUGGUAGGCUGGGUCUGUCAGAAGAAACCAGAAGAGCAAAAUGGAAUAGUACUACCAGUCAGCACUCAGAGUACUCCUGCAAAAGUCUCCAUGGUGGGCAGCCCAUGCAUUUCCUCACCACGGCCAGCAGCUUGUGCUCCCAACUAUACCGGGGACCUUCCUCUUUCUACCAACACUCCAACAUUCUCUCUCAAAACCCCAACAGUCAAGGCCCACACUCCAGCGAAGCAAAGUGAAGCCAUAUCAGGCCCUUCUCCCAAACCAACAUCUUCCACCAAGAUGUCCAUUAAACACUGGGUUACCAGGACUCCGUACGCCUCUCCACCGGGGAUGGGAACAAAGACGCCUUCUCCAAGAAAAGCUCUGGCAGAGGUCACACAGGGUCUUCCAGUGGCAGUUGGCACUCCCGUAGAACCACAUUCACGGUUUGAGAAGCGAGCCAAAAGGAGGCUAGAGUCCAGCAAGGGAAAUCACAUGGGGCAGAAGUGUCUGAAAAGCUGCAGUUGUGUGACUGAGCUGGACCCAGUGGCUAAAAAAUCCAGGCUGGAUUUGUGCUUUUUGGCAGCAGGCCAAAAGGCCGGUAAUGAAGACUGUCUGAGCCUUGCUGAGUUGAAUAAUAGAACUGAAGGAGGUGGCCAAAGUCCAAAGGAGCCAUCCCUUCCUGAAAGCCCUCUUAAUCAGGCAGGCUUCCAGACUCCCCCUUUUCCUUUAAAGAACUCCUGCAGGAAAGGGGCUGAUGUGCUGGACAAAGAGAACAGUUCACCUGGGGGAAAAAACUGGCUGUCUGCAAUGGGAGAGAAGCUGAAGACUAGCAAGGCCAGUAGCCAAAAGGUGUCAGGCAACAGCCCCCAGUCCUCUCAGAGUCCCAGCACAAGACAAGAGGCAGCAACUGCAGCCAGUCCAUCGGGACCUGUUGCAGUCACUUCAGUUUCCAUGAGGAAGAUCUGCACGUACUUCCAUCGAAAGUCACAAGAUGACUAGUGCAGUAUGCUGCAUUUGAAAGAAACCGUAGCCCUGGAUGUUGACACACCACUGGUGCUACCAAGAGUGGAUUUAGCAACACAGAAGGAGGAAGACACUAGGAUUAGCCAAUGCAUUGUUGGCCCUUAAUAAAGCUGGAUUUUUUUAUUCUCUUGUUCUUUAAAUUCUUUUAUAAAAUCUAUUACACUCUGUAGCCUCAAGUUAUUUGAACAUGAAACAUGUAGGAUGCUAAUUAAUGGAGACUCACAUGCCAUUAACAUGAAGUAGGUGAUGGAUUUUAAAAUAUAUGUUUGCUUUUAAUACGUCACUCAGUUAAAUGUUCCCCCAUGAGUUCUUUUGCACAUGGCAUCUGUGAAAUGCUCUAGUUAUCUCUGGAAAGAGACCUUUGAUGUGUGUUAUUAACAUUGUCAAAUACAACUUGUCAGUUGAUAUUUGUUUCAUUAUGUCUGAUCUUGAAACUUUUGUUUCAAAAUCACAUCUUGGCAAAACAUACCAUCUCUUUUUGAUAGCAGCUGAAUAGAGAUGGCUGUGGAGAAACUGUUGUUGCAGAUAGACGGGAGCCACCAUUUCUGCUAAAGGAUAUUUCUACAGCUUGUUCCUUUUGUAUAACAAUGACUCUCCCAUUUCGGCAAAGAAGCUUGUAAAUUCGAUUUAACUGCCUGUAAAUACAAAACAUUUUAAUGUU